GUGACGUCAUGCGUAGCUGUAGGGGAGAGCAGCCAGUGGGUGGGCUGGGCUGUGGUCCUGCUAUCAGCACUUCACGCCGCAAAUCACACUAAUAACAUUAUUUAAACCUGCUACACGGAUACACAAACAUCACAGCAUGAGUUAGAGACUGCACUUCGUGUGUGCCAGUGCACUGAAACAUGGGUCGUUGCAGUGUCCACGUCCUUCUGCUGCUCUUGCUGCAGGCCCUGCAGACAUCAGCUGAGGGCUCAGAUGGACAGUUGGUGUGUCUGUGUGAUAGCCCUACAUGCCCCCAGGUUACCCGCUGCCAGGGAACCAGGUGCUUCUCCUCUGUCAAAGUGGGCAGCAGCGGGGUGGUGUUUGAGCAUGGAUGCCUGAAUGGGCAAGAGAAAAUCCUUUUACAUUGCUCCACAGCUCCGUCCUACCACCAGGCUAUUUUCUGCUGUUCUGAGUACAUGUGCAACGGAAACACCACUAGGAGCUCUCUGAUGUCUCUGCUUCCAUCAGAAGAUGAGCCGGCAGGUGAACCAGUUCGGUAUCGUGUUGAGACCUUAGCUCUCUUCGUUCUCGGUCCGGUGGUGGUUCUGGCCCUGCUGUCUGUUGUGUCAGUGCUGGCCUGCAGGAGGCUCCACCACGGCCGUCUGCAGAGGCUGCAGGAAUUUGACACCGAGCAGGGAGCCAUAGAUGGCCUCAUCUCCUCCAAUGUGGGAGACAGCACUUUAGCGGACCUGUUGGCCCACUCAUGUACAUCGGGUAGUGGUUCAGGUCUUCCCUUCCUUGUCCAGAGAACUGUGGCCAGGCAGAUCAGUCUGGUGGAGUGUGUAGGCAAGGGAAGGUAUGGAGAGGUGUGGCGGGGUCAGUGGCAGGGGGAGAACGUGGCUGUUAAAAUCUUCUCCUCAAGAGAUGAGAAGUCCUGGUUCAGAGAGACAGAGAUCUACAACACAGUGCUGCUAAGACAUGAAAACAUACUGGGCUUCAUGGCGUCUGACAUGACUUCUCGAAACUCCAGCACCCAGCUGUGGCUCAUCACCCAUUACCAUGAGAAUGGUUCGCUUUAUGACUACUUGCAGCGGGUUGCCGUGGAAACAUCAGAGGGCCUGGCGAUGGCGGCGUCAAUAGCGUGCGGCCUCGUGCACCUGCACACAGAGAUCUUUGGCACGGAGGGGAAACCAGCCAUUGCACACCGGGACCUGAAGAGCAAAAACAUCCUGGUCACAAAGGAGCUGCGCUGCUGCAUUGCAGAUCUGGGGCUGGCUGUGACCCACUUCCAGGCAGACAACCUGCUGGAUGUGGGCAACAAUCCCAAGGUCGGCACCAAGCGCUACAUGGCACCUGAAGUGCUGGACGAGACUAUUCAGACAGACUGCUUUGAUGCCUACAAGAGAGUGGACAUCUGGGCCUUUGGACUGGUGCUGUGGGAGAUAGCAAGACGCACAUACAGCAACGGUAUUGUUGAGGAGUACAAGCCUCCGUUCUAUGAUCAGGUGCCAAAUGACCCCAGCUUUGAGGACAUGAGGAAGGUGGUGUGUGUGGAGCAGCAGAGGCCUUUCAUUCCCAAUCGCUGGUUCUCUGAUCCUACUCUAUCUGCCCUGGUGAAACUGAUGAAGGAAUGUUGGUACCAGAACCCCUCAGCUAGGCUAACAGCACUGCGCAUCAAGAAGACCCUGGACAAGAUCCACAGCUCUCUGGAGAAGGGUAAGGAGUCGUGAGAGGGAGAGGAGCUUCAGAGGCAGCUGCCUGAUGUCAGGGAUCGGCUUAGAGAAGAGCCACGCGUUUGUUAAACAAGAAAGGGGCGAUAAGGGGGACUAACAGAGGACAGGAGGAAAAGAAGUCGUUCAAGUGUCAUCCAGCCUCAUCUUUCUCUUGCUCUCUCACUUUUCUCUUCCUUUCUCUGUGGUUGCCUUCCUCCCCUUCUGACAUCCCUCUCUCUGACUUGAAGCCCACACACACGUUUGGACUCGUCCUGUCUGAAUAAGCCAGCCUUUGCUACGGGACACAAACCUGUUGCCAAUGUGUUCGCACUGACCUGAACUUUGGACUGUUACUGAGUGUGAAGAACAUGGAUGGCAUAUUGUAGUACCCCAUCCCAAUGCUUUAAUGCCCAUUUAAGACUGCUCUGGGUUCGGCCUUCUCACACACAAACACACACACAAACACUAGAUGCUGAGAGUCUCCUACAGUACAGUUUCUGACCCCCAGCCAGUGGUUGUGGCACGCGGUGGUGGCAUUCUGCUCAGAGACAAUCGGAAAUAUUUCACUCACUUAGCUUUAUGAGAACAUGCCAACUACAGCCACAAACACACACACUACAAACACACUACAUUCACUUACAAAAGGAAAAGAGCCAAUAGAAACAAUUGUUUUUAAACUUUUUAAAUAUAGUAUGAUAUUUAUGUAUUAAACCUCCACUGCUACCACACUACUGAGGAUAUGUAAGACUGAUAUACAAUGGCGUGUGAGACGGACUGUAUACAUAUAUAGGCAUUUAAUCUACUGGACUUUCUGUACCCACAUUGUCAUUAUUGGAGCUAGUAGGAAAUGAAAUAGUGGAAAAAGUAGGAAAAUUGUUCCCGCCAAGCUUGUUUUGACCGGAUAAAACACUACAAGAUAUUACAUGUUUAUCCUGGUGGUUCCUGGAGUAGACAUACAGUAAGUACCUGCCAAUAGGAAAUUAGUCUGUAUCUUAUAAUAAGAAUAUGAAAUUAAGUGAUCCUCUCUGCCUGGCAUCUUCAUAAACUCACUGUGGCUGAUUAAAAAAAAAAAAGUCUUCUGUACAAGCAGAGAGGAAUCAAGGAAGACCUGUUUGUGGUAGAGCUGGCUUUGUUUUUUUGAAGUUACUGGAGGUGAAGUUGGGCCUCCAUUUCCUCCUCUUGUCUCCCAUCAUGCCACACUGUACAAGUUGCCUGAAUAAUGAAAAAACAAAAGCACUCCAUCUUCAUUUGGAAACUGUUAUACUGAAACAACAACUGAUACAGUUGCCUAGGCGUGCAGUUUCAAAUGAAUUUGUUCACAAAUGCUGGGUUUGUUUUGGAAAAAAAUUGUUGCUUUGUCUUUUUUUUAUAUGUAAUAAAACAUUUACUGCACUCUUGCUUAA